GAUUCAAUCUUUUAAGAAGAAGAAAAAAAUCAAGCUCCCCAAAGUCUAAAGUGACACCGAGUUCUUAAAAAAAAAAACACCUCUCCUUCAACCCGGAUGCCCCACUGUUUAUGGCGAGUUGUUCAGCUGUCAAUGUUCUUUAUUUCCUUUAAGCGAACUUCCUUUAACUUCGGAUGUGCUAAAAUUCUUCGACUUCUGUUCAGUCCUUCAAAGGAGAGUUAAACAGGGGAGGAUCCAAGGAAAUCUAACCACAACCACCGCAGCGUAUAACACCCGGUGGCAAAACAGUUUGACCUCCAGGUGCCUUCAGAGAGUAAAAUACUAAGACCGGGGGGGGGUGGGGGUUAAUAUUGAGAAUCAAAGCCGAAAGAGCCGGGGUAAGCAUCGGGGGAAAGAAAAACAAGGCUGCCUCGCCAGGGAGGGAGAUGCCCUGUCCCAGGAGGCGAUGAGGCGGAGCCGCCAGAGACCUUCCCGGGAGGCUCCUCCUCUUCACGGAAGGUGGUGGAAAGAUUUAAAAUCCCAGCCCACGAGGGGUCUCGCCGCCGCCCUCCACGGAGGAACGAACGGCUAGCCGACCGGCGCCCCUCGGAAGGGGAGGAAAAUGGCGUAAGCCGACGGGGCAUCCUCCUCCGCGACGGACGGUAGGCACCGACGGAAGGAAAGGGGGACCGAGAAGACUAAGAUGUUCUUAGCUGAUCCACCAUCUACCUGCCUUUCCCCUACAGUGUAUUAUAUGAUUUGUCAAGCCGGAUUUGAGAGGAAAUCAAGCUGUGCUCUCAGUAGUUUUAUGUGUGACACUGGUGAAAUAAAUUGGGAAUUCAUCACAAAACAUAUACGAUAUGGACAGCAAGAUCCAACACUGGAUUAUAUCAAUAGUGUGAGAUCUUUAGGUCCUUUAUGUGAAUCUAUUCACUUGCAUUUGAAAUCACUUACAGUGGAACAAUUUGAAAACCAGUUUGUGGUGUGGCUUCAAUGGACAAACUGCCCAGAGAUAUUUCUGGAAAUGCUUGAUACCAUAAAGAAUCCACAGGAUGCAGCAGUUGCACUCAGUUUAAUGAAGCUUACGUCAUGUUUGGAACGAGCCUUGGGUGAUGUAUUCUUAUUAAUUGGGAAAGACUGUCCUUUUCUUUUAAGAGAUUUGCUUGCAUCUCAGGAAUUCGUUUCUAUCUUUGGGCAACCAGUGAUGGAUGUUCUGAAGGUGUUCAUUGGGUCUCCAGAUAGUCUAAAUCUUCGUAAUAUUUUGUGGCACGGAUUUGUGUCAGCUAAAGAGAUUCCUGUCAAAUAUUUCUCCAUGCUACUUUUUUUAACAGCUGGAUUGGGGCAACUGCUUAAUAAUUACUGCCUUCAGGCUCACUCUGCUUUAAUUCAUCGACCCUAUGUAUCUUUCAUUCACUUGAAAGAGCUACAUAUAUUUCCAGAUCUGAAUCAAGAACUCUUGUCAUUGGCUGAGGAAUUAGUAACAAAAUCUAAUAUUGUGCUAAAGACUAUGAUCCCUUUUUGGAUUGCUGCAAUAACUUCAUUCCAGCAGGCAAGGUAUGCAGAUUGUGUCAUUUUGCUACUUCCUCAGCUGGAAGGUGGGCUUAGAGUACUCUUUACAGCAGUUAAUAAAUGUCCAAGCAGACUAAUGACAGCUGAGUCAUCUUCUCUGUAUACAACUUUUGAUGAAAUACUAGCAAAACAGUUGAAUAACGAAGAAAUGAAUCAGCUCCCCAUAGUCCUUGGUGAAUCAGCAAUGGAAUUUCUUUGGGAUUUUUUGAACCAUCAAGAAGGCCCACGUGUCAGAGACCAUCUGAGCCAUGGAGAAAUUAACUUAAAUCACUUCCCAAGAGAAAUAGCAAAUUCCAUGCUUUCAUUUUCUAUUACACUCCUCUGCAGAUUUUCACAGGAUGACUUGACUUCCAUUAAGGAACACAAAUCCUUAAAACUGUUAAUGACUUGUGCAAAUAAUUACUGUACCAAGUUUCAUCCAAUAACUCAGCUUAAGAAACAGAUACUGAACUGCAUAAAAAGUAUCACCUCUUGGCCAGAUUUUCCUAUGGGGCUUAAAGAGCAAGAAAUUUCAGGGUCAGGAAAAGAUACUGCCCCCUGUAUUCUUAUGAUCAAUGAUAUUUUGUCUCAACUGCAGCCCUAUUUGACUAUGAAUGUUACACUAUUAGGUGAUCCUGUAAACAAUCUGCUAACUGAAAAGUUGUUGAUUGAACUUUGUAGCAAGCACAUUCAUACCCUUUAUUCUCCACGAACUAUCCUGGAAACCAUUGUGGUGCUUCGCCAGAUAAGCACUCAUUGCCAUCAUGUGUCGCGUCAAGUCAUUUCAGUUUGUGAAACCAGAUAUGAACAGUGGAUAAACAAGUCACUAAGAUCGCGCCAACGACUUAACUUUUUGCGCAUGAGAAGAAGUAUCAAACUUCUGUCUCCAGUUUUUCAACUAGUUUUAAUCUUGAUUACAUUGGAGCUAGCGAACAUUGAUAUGAUUUGCAGAAAAAAUACUUUUGAAUAUCAACAGUACUUAAAGUUCCUCAAACUGAUUUUACAGUAUAUUGAGAACUUGGUGACUUACACAAGUCCAGAAAAAAAUAAAUGGGAUGAAACCAUAGUGCUUACACACAAAUCAUUGAUAAAAAUCAGAAUCUUUCUAGGAAGGGAACUGAUGCUUGUACAGUUAGCUGAAACCAAGAAUACCGUUAGUCCUCAUCAGAAUUCUAUAGGCUUAACUUAAACAGGCAUUCCUCCUUUCUCCCCAAUUUAUUGCAGAUCAACAUUUGCAAAAACUAUGUGCAUACGUUCUCCAAUACAGUGGUGUGUGGAUGCGAGUAUGAAAGAAUUUUCUUUGC